GUUACAAUUAGGUAACACGUGACGACACCCGCUAGCACUGCCCAUCUCUGUAGCAGUAAAUCCAAGAAAGCUCAUAACUCAUCCACCUUAUUUAAGUUUAGACCCGUUCACCAUUCCAACCCGUUUGCGCCAUUGGUUUUCUCCCGUACCAGGAGGAUGAGUUCUGUGAACGCAGUGAAGAGUUCUUUGAUCGAGGCGGAUGGGGGAAAUCUGGUGGAUCUUGUGGUGCCAAAGGGUCGAAGGGCCGCCGUCAUUUCGGAGGCCGAAUCUCUUCCCAAAGUGAAGCUCACCAAGAUUGAUGUUGAGUGGGUCCAUGUGAUUAGCGAGGGUUGGGCCAGCCCAUUGCGAGGGUUCAUGAGGGAGGAUGAGUAUUUGCAGAGCUUGCAUUUCAAUUGCUUGAGAUUGAAAAAUGGGUCCAUAGUUAAUAUGUCGCUCCCGAUUGUUCUAGCCAUUGAUGAAGAGGCUAAAGAACGGAUUUGCGGGUCGGGAGAUGUUGCUCUUGUUGAACCGGGUGAUGAUUUGAUUGCUGUUCUUAGAAGCAUUGAAAUAUAUAAGCAUAACAAAGAGGAGAGAAUUGCGAGAACAUGGGGCACAACAACUCCCGGACUACCAUACGUUGAGGAGGUGAUUACUCCUGCUGGAAAUUGGCUUGUUGGUGGAGAUCUGGAAGUGUUAAAGCCUAUUAAGUAUAAUGACGGCCUUGAUCAAUACAGGCUCUCUCCUCAACAACUUCGCAAUGAAUUUGAGCGUCGCAAGGCAGAUGCAGUUUUUGCUUUCCAGCUAAGGAAUCCCGUCCAUAACGGUCAUGCUUUGCUUAUGAAUGAUACACGCAGGCACCUUCUUGAAAUAGGUUAUAAGAAUCCAAUCCUUUUGCUUCACCCUUUAGGUGGUUUCACAAAGGCAGAUGAUGUGCCUUUGGACGUUCGAUUGGAACAACAUAGCAAGGUGCUAGAAGAUGGAGUUCUUGAUCCAGAAACAACUAUUGUUGCCAUAUUUCCCUCGCCUAUGCAUUAUGCUGGACCAACUGAAGUACAAUGGCAUUCUAAGGCUCGGAUAAAUGCAGGUGCAAAUUUCUAUAUUGUUGGACGUGACCCUGCAGGAAUGGGUCACCCUACACAAAAGAGGGACUUGUAUGAUCCUGAUCAUGGGAAGAAAGUUUUAAGCAUGGCCCCCGGUUUGGAAAAGUUGAACAUUUUGCCUUUCAAGGUGGCAGCAUAUGAUACAGUGGCAAAGGAAAUGGCAUUUUUUGACCCCUCGCGUGCCAAAGAUUUCCUCUUCAUCUCAGGAACUAAGAUGCGGGCUUAUGCGAGAACAGGGGAGAAUCCUCCUGAUGGUUUUAUGUGUCCCCGGGGAUGGAAAGUCCUGGUCAAGUACUAUGAAAGCUUGCAAGUAGAUGAAGGUGCCCAGAAGUCCGGUCUUCUCUUUGCUUAGUUAGUUUAGUGACUAGUAAUUUUAUCAUCCGGUACUUCAUUCUAUUUUUUAUUCCAUGCCUUCUUCGAGAAAUGAGGAGAAUCCUUGUCGUGUUUUUUAUAUUAAUAUUGUUUCAUCAAGGGAAAAAUGAGAAGCUUUUAAUUGCUUG